AUGUCAACAAAAACACACAUGCGCCAAUUGGCGCUUGUGCACAAGCGCAGCCACAUGUAUUGUCCGAGGUGGAACUUGUGGUUUGAAGAUUGCAAAAUGGCAGUGGUUGGUGCGGCCGUGCAGGACGGUGAUCGCUGGCCCAAUCUCCCACCAGUCUUCGUUUUGAGCCGGGCCAAAGCCAAACAGUGGGCAAUUGACAAGUUCCAUGGUCCAUUGCCUGUGCGAGAAGGCUACAGCUGGCAGUAUUUUGGCGCAACCGCUGUCUUUCCCACACAAUUGGUGGAGGUGGCUGUUUUGCCGGGGCGGCUUUGCGCAGGGCCUUUGCCGGUUAGGCAUGGAGCCGCGUAUUUUCGCCAGUGUGCAAACGGUAAAGCGAGGGAAAACUUGCGCCAUGCGUGGGAAUGCUCUUGUCGCGAACACCCAUUUGCCUCGGCUAUUUUUUAUCUAGGACCCUAA